UCCCCCCGUGAAAUCCGCCUGAUUACGAUAUCAGCCGGCCGGUUCAACGAUCCACUCGUAUGCACACUUUCACAUAAAGAUCUUGAUUCGCACCAAAUCCCCGAGUAUGAGACUAUUUCCUACUGUUGGGGAAAUGCAGCGCAGCGAAAUAUCAUAGUGUUGAACAAUCUUCCCAUUUCCGUACCUUCAAGCUCUGCUGCAGCUCUUCGACAUGUACGGUUAUGUCAAUCGGACCGAACUGUUUGGCUUGAUGCAAUUUGUAUAAACCAAAACGAUAUCGAAGAGCGUAGUCGACAAGUGGCCAUUAUGGGCGCAAUUUACCGUAAUGGUACCCGAAACCUGAUCUAUCUCGGC